AUGGGUAAACACGAGAAGGGAACGCCGAAAGAGAUUGCAAACAGAUCCAAGUCGAGAGGGCUUCAGAAACUGCGAUGGUAAGAUAUAUUUUUUUAAUAUUUUUUUCUCAAGUGUUCCAAUUGCAAAAAGGGUAUUAAAGAAUAUUCUGCAGGUUCUGUCAAAUGUGUCAGAAGCAGUGUCGAGAUGAGAACGGUUUCAAAUGCCAUUUAACUUCUGAAUCGCAUCAACGGCAACUUUUAUUGUUUGCUGAGAAUUCCGGAGCUUAUUUGAGGCAGUUCAGCAAUGAUUUCGAGAAGAAUUUCAUGCAGGUGGGAAUUAGAUUCCAUCAGAAAGUCUUCUGAACUUUUUCUGCGAUUAAAAGGAACCUGUUAAACGUUCUUUUUAGCUUCUACGUACUACCUACGGAUCCAAACGCGUUCGUGCCAAUGAAGUUUACAACGACUAUAUUAAAGACAAAGUUUAAUAUCUUUAUAAAUUACUUUUUCAUUUGAAAAACUCAGGGCCACGUUCAUAUGAACGCGACGGUCUGGCAUUCGCUUACCGGAUUCGUUCAGUACCUCGGAAACACCGGAAAAUGCAAGAUUGACCAGGGCGAGAAAGGUUAAAAUUUUAUUGAAAUUUAACCGAUUUGUAUGUUUUUAUCAUGAACUUCAUUUUGCGUUUCGUCUCGUUUACAUUAGCGAUGGAUUCCUGUUUCACAGAAAAUUCAAUUUUAUUUAAUUUUGACAAUUUUUUCCAGGAUGGUACCUUCAGUACAUAGACCAGGAGGCGGUCAUCCGGAAAGAAGAAGAAUUGCGAAAAGUCAAACAAGAAAAAGACGACGAGGACCGACAUAUGCAGAUGAUGGAGGAUAUGGUCAAAAAGGUGGUUUCUUAAGUUUUUUUCGUGGAUCAAAUUUUUUAAAAAAAUUUUUUUGCGUAGGCUGAUAUUUUUUUAACUAAACGAUAUUUCACUAUGAUACGUUUUUUUCAUACGCCAUUUUGAUAUAAAUUUGUGAAUGGUUUUCAUUUUUCUGCAAUUUUUCUUUUUAUUGAAAACUCUUAUAAUGAAAUCUUGAAGUUUAAUAAUAGUCAUUUAUUGAUAAUAAUACUUUUUAUAAUAAUAAUAAUCAAUUUUAAUUGUUUUUGUGAGUUUUGGAGUCUAUUGAAUGUUUUAGGGUAAAUCCGUGAUCCUCAAACAAUCCUUGAUCUUUAUUGACCUCAGAAACAUUUUUCGGAACUUUGAAAAUCUUAGAAUUCUGUAUUGAUUGAUAGUUGGAUGCGUUAGGGGAAAGUGGAACGGAUUUUUUUAAAUAUCGAUAAAACAAUUUUUCAUUCCAGGGGUUUGGCCAGAGACGACGGAUCAGAUUAUCAACCAUCGGAUUUAAUAAGAGGAGACGAUAGCGAUAAAAUCACCUUGAGUUUGCAGUUGAAUAAGAAACCGACGCCUGAGGUGAGCAUUGGAAAUUUUUUAUUAAAAUCGUUUUUUUCGCCUUCUCGUCAUGUGAAAGUUGCACGAGUUCAUCUAUUAAUUUUUAUAUUUUUUCAAAAAAUAGAAUUUAAAUCAUCAUGGUCAUUUGUAAUGUUUUUUUCCCCGAUAAAAAGUGACUUUUAUAAUUUUCAGGAGUUGGCCCGACCUCAGCCCUCUUCCGUUUCAGUUUUCGACAAAGCAAAAAAGACCUCCUCAGCCGUCAAGAAGGAAGAGCCAGAAGAGGAAGAUUCUGAAGAUGAUCGCCGGAGUCAUCGGAAAAACGAGCGGAAAAGAAGUCGUAGCCCGCGUGACGACAAAGGAAAAGACCGCGGAAAGCGGAAAAAGUCGGCUCUGGAUGAGAUCUUGGAGAUGGAGGAGCAGAAAAAGGAGCGGAAAAACCGGAAGGACUACUGGCUUCACGAGGGAAUCGUGGUCAAGGUUCUUUUUGAUUUUAAAUCUCGAUCGCUUUAAAAAACUUCAGUUUUUAUGAUUCCUUACUAAAAUAAUCGUUUUUCUUCAUAGAUCAUGUUUCAACAGCAACGCAUUGAGCCAUUGAAGUUAUAGUCCUUCAAAAAAAAAAAAACAUAUACUGCUAUUUCGAGAAACUCAGAUAAAUCAUCAAUAGAAUUAAGACGAAAAGACGUUUUUCGGGUUAAUUCUGGCUUUGCAAAGCUCCAGUGCCUUGAAAGCAUAGAGCUGAAAACUUCAAAAAGGCUAAAAAUGGAAAAAAGUUAAGACCUGUUGUGCAAAAUUAUAUUCUCAGGUGAUGACCAAAUCGUUGGGCUCCGAAUACUACAAAACGAAAGGAGUUGUCAAGAAGCUGAUAGACGACUACACAGCCAAUAUCAAACUGGAUGAUGGUUUGUUGUUUUCCUCCCAAAUUGACGUAAUCACGGGCAAAGUCCAAAAGGUCUUUAAAGAAGGUUCAAAAAAAAGAUGGAAAAAAGGAGGUUCCGAGAAAUUUUUUUCACCUUUUAAAGAACUCAAAAUAAAGCUUUAGGCUCUGCUUUUUCAGGCCUUUUUGAGGUCGUUUGUACUUUGCCUGUGUUAUUGAAUAAACGAAAAAUCCCUUUUUCUUCUUUGAAUACCUUUUUUUGCUUCAAAACUUUUUUCUCCAUUCCCUGUCGUCAAUAUGCGCAUUUUUAUUUUCCCAGGAACCCUCGUCAAGCUCGACCAGGAGCACGUCGAAACAGUUAUUCCUUCAAUUGGCCGAAGGAUGUUGAUUGUCAAUGGGGCUUACAGAGACUGUGAAGCGGUGAACUAUUUUAUUUUGCUUGAUGUUUAUCCUUAAGAAGUUUUCGUUCACUAGAAGUUCUGAAAAUAUUCAUUUUUCCUUGUUCUAAGUAUUUAUGAGCAAAUCGAAAUAAUCUCUGAAUUUUCUGAAAUUUCGUUAUCAUUUCACUCUUUGAUGAGCUUUUCGAGUUCCCCAAAAAUUACUUAGAAUGCGACUUAUAUUUUCCCUUAAUAUAGUACGUUCCGCGCGAGACGGUCACGUUUCAUAAAUAAACAGGAAAAUGAAAGCUACCGUAAAUGACAACUUUUGGUAUAAAAAACUGCUAAAAAAUAUAGCAAAAAAAAGUUCUUGAAAAGAAGAUGCUCAAUUUUGAUCUAAUUUGAUAUACGAUAUUUUUAAAAACGUGUCAAGCUGAUGAGAAGUGAGCUAUAGGUUUUUUGAAAUAAAAAAAAAAACAGCCUCCUCAUUAAUUUUUGAGUUCUAAUUUGAUCGCAAACUGUGUCUGUCUCCAAAAAUGACUGGUUUUCCUCAAAUUUUAGUGGACCCUGAACUUGACGAAAGUCCAAUGAGCAUUUGAAAAUUGCUCUGAUUGUGAAACUUGGUACGAUCCUUGAUCCCAAAAAAGCUGUAUUCAACGUCUGGAUAUAAAAAAUUUGAAGAUGAACAGUUUAUAUAAACGUGUACAUUUUCAGGACCUCGACGGCAUCGACGAGAAAAAUUUCUGCCUGAAUCUGACCAUCGCUUCAGGCAUCAUGAAAGGCAGGACAGUCAAGUUACCGUAUGAAGACGCUUCGAAACUAGCAUAG